UUUCAGUAACACCAAGAAGGACACAUUAAUACAAGAUCUUGCUCUUUUCCAGAAGCAGAUCCCCAAUGCUGCAUCCUCUGCAAGUCAAAAACUACUAAUCAAGGUCAGAUUUUGGCAUAUUUCUGAUUAUAAAUAGAAGCAAAUAAUUUCCUCAACCAUCACAAUAAACUCCUCCUCAAAAUCUGCAGGAUAUUGUGGAUUAUGAAUCACAGCAUCUGUUGGCUUUGCAGUUUAUUCAGAGAUGGCACAAACAGAGCCAUUUCCAAAAUAAGUCUGGAAGAAGUACUUCAGUGGUCUCAGUCUUUCGAAAAACUUAUGGCUACUAAAUAUGGGCCAAUUGUCUACAAGUCCUACCUGAAGAGCGAAUAUAGUGAUGAGAACAUGGAAUUCUGGUUGGCUUGUGAAAAGUAUAAGAAGAUUUUAUCACAGAGGAAAAGAAUAUCGGAGGCACAGAAACUUUUUAAAGAAUAUAUCCAACCCCAGGCUCCAAAAGAGAUUAAUAUUGACAGUCCAGUAAGAGAAGGUAUUACCUUGAAGAUUCAGGAACCAACUCAGUGUUGUUUCGAUGAGGCUCAAAAAAUUGUUUAUCUGCAUAUGGAAAGAGACUCAUAUCCCAGGUUUCUUAGCUCAGAAAUCUACCAAAGCCUUAUCUUCACUCUUUCGGCCUAACAACAAUCAACAGUCUGUCUCAAAGAGGAAAAGUGAGGGCUUUAUUUUGAGUUUCAAAAUCAGAUAAAAGCAAGCA